AUGGCGACGGAAAGAUCUCUAGCUACGCUGCUGCGGUCGCUGCAGGCGACUUCUAGCUUCCAGGAUGCUGCUGGUCUCCUUCCUACAGUCACUAGCUUCCUGUCUAUGCUAGGGAAUCCGUUGAACUUGGCUCUUCUCGCCUCACAACUUCUUACCGCUCCUUCGCUUUGGAGUCAGCCCGUCGACCUUCAUGCUUGCCGCAAGAUCCUGAGCGUCUUCAAUACUGCGGCCAUUGCUGUCUUGCAAAAUGACACGACCGAUGAACCGCGGAUACCAUAUGGACGCAAUCGGAAAAUCGAGUGCGAUGCUUGGGUCAAGGCUAUUGCGGAGGGCGCCGAUGAUAAGUCCCCACGAUGGCGCCAUACACUCUUGCUCGGUGGUAUCCUGAUGGGAUUCGAAGGCCAGGGUCGGCAGGGUCUGCCACGGCAUAUUCGAAUCAAGCUUGAGUCUGCGCUGGCGACUGCUGCGCAACUGGCGCUAAAGGAACUGAGUCCCGAAGCGGGCAUCGAUGCGCAGUGUAUCACCAUGGUGUUGAAUUAUACAUUCGAGCUCUUGUCGGAUCUGGAGAGAAGCAAGAUUGAGUAUGAUCGAUUACUUCCGGUAAUGAUUCAAUCGGCGUACUUAUCUCCAGAAGGUCUUGAGGGUGGAUACUUCUUGGGGUCUAUUGAUCAAGAUGUCGUCGAGGCUCCUGGGAAACAAUUUCGAUGGUCGGCAAACUCUCCGACGUUUGCUAUUGUGUCGGGAAUAGCUGCGCGUCCGCUUGUGUCGACAUUGGGUCCGCUUUCUCGUCUCAUUGCUCAUGCUAUUGACAAUGCGCGCGAUCCAAGGAUCGUUGCCCGUACAAUUGAUCAACUGGCCGACUUUGUUCGGACCCUGAUGGUACAAUGGCGGCAAAAUAAGUUGUCCGAGAUUGACGUUGCAGAGGAAAUCGAGUUCCUGGAUGCGGAAUCGCGCGAGAAAACACUCCCUGCGCUUUGGCAAAUGCUGCGGAAUUGCUUAUACUCGGUGGUUAUCGCCCUCAGGGCUGUCCUUGGGAGGACUAUAAAUGACCCUGCUCUUGCGGCUAACAGUAGUGCGCCAUAUCUUUCGAUGCAAGCUCUUCAUGUCCUUCGCAACAUGUACUUUAUCUCUUCUCGGAUCGGUCAGAAUGCCUCUUCACAGCAGACAUUUGUCCUCCUGGCAGCCAUCGAUAUCCUUUCACAAUACCCCGAUCUCGCUGAGAACUUCUUGCGAAGUAUAAAGCCCAGCGAGAUUGGACAAAUCCCCGCUCAUCCAGUCGAACGAUGUUUGGACCUUUUCUUUCUGAAUGCUGCGGAGCAUUUCCCUCUUGUUUUAUCGCCCGCGGUAAAUGAGGAGCUACUCCUAUCGGCAGCAUUCCCAUAUCUAGCAGCCGGUGCCAACAACCUUCUCCUGGAGAUUUUCGAAGCUGCUCACAGCCUGGUGCUGGUCGUCUUCGCCAUUCCCCAUAACUCGGAGCUAGCAGCGAAGCAUCUCCCGUUUUAUAUUGAUAAUCUAUUUGCUGUCUUCCCCAACAACCUUUCUGCGCGUCAAUUCCGCCUUGCUUUCAAGACCGUCAUUCAAAUUACGGCACCUCCCUCACCUUUAGCGAAUAGUCAACCUCUCCUGCCUUCCAUCUUGCUUGAAGUCGUUCAUGACCGCGCUCUUAACGCUUCCUCUACACCCAUCCCGGCCCAAGGCCCGAAUCCAGACCUGAGUCAGAGUCCACCUCUCUCCGAGCAAGCUAUCCUAACUCUUGCUCUCCUUGAUUCCCUUUCAUACCUUCGAGUCGACGACCUCAAGGAGUGGCUGCCCCUGGCGGCCCAACUGAUCAAUGCAAUUGCUGACCGCAAUAUGCGUCACACUUGCAUUGAUCGGUUCUGGGAAGCUUUGGCCGGGGGCGAGAUGGACGUUGACCGUGCUCACUGCUGUGUCGCUUGGUGGAGUACCGAGGGGGGCCGUGAGCUUGUCCUCUUCGGAGCUGAGACUGCUCCCGGUGACUCGGAUGAGAGCGGACCUUACAUGAGUGGUGCAGUCGGUGGUGUUGCACCCGAGAGUAAGCUAUAA